AUGAAGACUGCUACUUUCACCCUCGUCGCAUCCGCAGCUGCUUUUGCCAGCGCCCAGGUCACAUAUAACAGCAGCACCGGUGCAUUUACAUGCGCUAAGCCCGAUGUUGCAUACUGUGCUGGUGACUCGCUGAAGACCGAUAUCAUCAUCCGUUGCGACGCAAGUGGUGUUGGUCAGCCCGGCCGCUGCAGUGAUAACCUUGACGGUGAACCUCCUGUUGGUAAUACUCCGUCGCUGUGCUGGCAGGCGAACAAUUCCAGCGGUGAAGCGGCUUGUGAGAAGAACUGCGUUGUCUACGGCGGCUCUGGCAACUAUGACGGCACCUUUACUUUGCCAGCAAGUGAUUGCACGCCGACCUACACAGCCUCUGCCACAGAUGUGGCCUCUUCGGCCGAGCCAACAUCUGUCACCGAGAGCUCUUCUGCCUGGAGCGUCAUUACGACCCGAACCAGCUGCUCGUCUGCGGUCCCUGCUCUCGCCACUGGCGGUGCCACCCAAAGCAGCAAUGUCACCAUUGUGGGCACCGGCUCGGGCUCGGGCUCUGCCCCCGGAACUGCCACAGUUGGCGCAAGCAGCAAGACCCCCGUGGGUCCGACUUCCUCGGCCGGCGCCAGCGUUGUGCCCGUUUCCGGUGCUUCCAUCAACAAGGCAGGCGGCAUGCUCGCGGCUGUCGGCUUCCUCGCUGCUUACUUCAUGUAA